AUGACGCGAGAAAACCAUGGCACGUACUGUAUUAACGUUUGCAAGACGUUAAUGUACAGAUAUGCUGUAGAAACCCUACCGGAGGCAACUUCCACACCACCAACAACAACAACUGCCAGGAAAAUAUUGACUGUCACGAUUAAAGAAUUUACCGAACCGACUAGUCUUGAUCUAAUAACGACGCUACCUGAUACAACUGUUACACCGUCAUCUACUCCAACAACUGUCACUAUAAUACCGACUGACACGAUUAAAGAUUUUACAGAACAGACUACUGGGGAUCAAACCAAUAAGGAGACAGAAAAAGUUGAUAUACAGUCAGCAACUAGUUUACAAAUUAGCGCGAAAGCAACAGUUGAAAUCAUCUAUGUGUUUACCAAUCAUAUCAGACAACAAACAAGUAUAUCAAUAAGGGAACCAGAAUCAACAAAUACAGUUUUGUCAACAGCCAUGAAUACUAUCACGUUAACAACAAAAACCACAAAAUUGGCAAACAGCGGCUCUAUUGCAAUAUACAUCUCUGUUUCGGUUAUCUCUAUAGUGUUGAUUGACGUCACCGCAAUCGUCAUCGUCUGUAGAUGGAGGUGAGAAAUUCAAAGAAAAAAUAUUUCAAACUCAUUUUAUUUGUCAGGCUUAAAGCAAAAUUGUGUCAACAAAAGGUUGUUAGUUCCCCUACCGGUAGAACAAUCUGGAUCUUGCAA